UAACCUUGCCCGUGAUAAGCCUACGGUGAUGAGCAGCACCUAUGAAGCUGUUGGUUCCGCAGUUGAUGGUUGUACCCACUCCAAAAUACUUGACGAGAAACCUUGGUGGAUGGUCGACUUGCAGGGAACGUAUGUUGUUCACACUGUUAUCUUAACAAACAGAGAUUUAUACGGUUGUGGUAAUCCUAAAGAUUUCUGGCGUCAGAUUGGAACACGUGUGUUAAGUCAACACUCUGAGCUGUUAAAUGGCACGUCAUUGGUGGAAUGUUCAACGACAUGUAACAGGAAAACCAGCUGCUUCGCUUUCAACAUCAACGUCAACAGUAUGCUGUGUGAGCUCAUCAUUAAUGGAAGUUUUGAGGACACCAAGGAUAUCAAUCCAGACUGGGAUUAUUAUGGCUCGGAUUUCUGCUAGUCAGAGCGACAAAAUCGUUAAAGGGACAGUCCUGAGUUUGCAGUAUUGUAAAAUGUUUCCGACUAAUAAAAUAUUUCUACGAUUAAA